AUGCUGAUUGGUGUUUUUCCAGUAUUUUUCUGCUUGUCCUUCACACUGGCCACUAAUGAUAUUGGCUUUGAAAUUUACGGGAUGCGGAUGGAGUCUCGGUAAGUUUAGGAAAUGUCUCGCGCAGAGAACGUCUUGUUUUAGGGACUACAAAACGACGGAUUUCAUUAUGAACAGUGAGAACGGACCGGUCCAAUUCCUGCUUUUCCUCGAUGAUGUCACCCGCAUAGACCAAGUGGGAUUUGUGCAGUUGUCUGAGGAGUGUAAUUACGGAGAUAAGCGACAAUUCCUGGCCGAGAUCGUCGAAAGAAAAGAGGAAUCGCAUCAAAUCAAGUUUUCAGUGGUGAGAAACCGAAAAAAUUUGUUGAAACUUGUAUUUUCAGUCGCUUGAACCCUCCGAUCUUCCGUAUAAACUUUGUAUGAGCUUCGUUGAUGAUAAUCAGUCGUUGUAAGUUUUCUUAAUUUGAUAAAUUUUGACAAUAUUGGCGAUAUUACACUUGAUUUUUAGUGUCCUUCCUCUUGAUGAAUUUCGCGUGCUCCAACAUGAAACAAAUGGGCUGUAUUUUCCGCUGUGGCUGCAGUUGACCUGUAUUGGACUUCUCCUUCCAUUCAGCGGUUAUUUCUCUGGAAUUACCAUCUCCACGUUCUCCUUGAGCACCUAUCAUCUGAGGGUAUGGAUAACAUAAUUUUUGCUCUUUUUGAUCCAAAUUCUUUUCCUAAAUGAAUCUAAAAUCAUGUCUUAUGCUAUGUAGCAUCUAAGUUCUUCAUUUCCAGCUUCUCAGUUCGUGUGGCGACGAGAAAAAAGCGACUUAUGCCCGAAAUAUCCUCCCUCUUCGAGAACGAGCCAAUCGUUUGCUCACAACGUUGGUCUUGGGCAACGUAAUCGUCAAUAAUUUGUUGACACUUCUUAUUGACAAUGUUUUGGACUACUAUGUGCAGGACAGCGAGUUGAAAUACGCGUUCAGCGUGCCAAUUACUAUUUUUGUCAUCAUGAUUUUUGGUGAGUUUUUAAAAUAUUUUUUUUUUGAAAUUUUAGAGGUAAAAUACGAUGAAAAGUGUAGUGGUAUUUUAUCAUAGCACCGGUUAGAAUUUUUUGAAAGCAAAAUUGAUCAGUUUGACAGCUAUUUUUUAGGCGAAAUUCUCCCUCAAGCCAUUGGAAUGCGUUGGUGUUUGGAGAUUGUCAGUGGAACCAGAAGCCUGACAAUUUUCUUUGUCGUUCUCUUUUAUCCGAUUGCUUGGCCCAUUUCCAAAAUCCUCGAUUUAUUGGUUGGCGAGACUGGCCGGAAUACUUACAAUUGUGAGGAGUUGAAGGCCCUAGUAGAACAUCAUCAUGGUCGACAAGAAGGUAAGCCAAUUUCUUCAAAAUUUACCUCUCUUUAGAUCAAGCUAUUAGUAAAAAACUCGUGGAGUUGGUCGUAGGCGCCUAUAGAUUGCCGGAGAACAAGAUUCGAGACGUUAUGACUCCAUUGGACAAGGUGUAUAUGUUGGAUGAAAACACAUUGAUGACCCGCGAAGUUUGCGCCGAAAUUCAUAAAAAAGGACACACUAGGAUUCCAUUGUACCAGAAUGGAAAUAAAAAUAUGGUAGGUUGAAGAUUUCGACUUGAUUUUUAUGGUUUAGGUCACCUGCAUCCUCAAUGUCAAGGAUCUGGCCGCGUUUUUGCCGAAUUGCGGGAUUCGCCUAGGGUUUAUCGCUAAAAUGUUCCAUCGAAAUCUUCAAAUACGAUUUGUGCUAGAAGAAAUGAACCUAAUGAAGCUGUUGCGACUCAUGAAACGAGGCCAUCCGAUGGUUUUUGUGAUGAGAUUCGAUUCAGAACAGAAGGAUUACGAAAUCGCUGGAGUUAUCACUGUUGAGGAUAUUGUUGAGGAGAUUAUUGGUGAAAUUAAUGAUGAGAAGGACGCCAGAAGACGAGGAGAGCAGAUUGUGAGGAUGCCGAAAGACGAAAAAGUGAAAUUGAGGGAAGAAAAAAAGACCAAGUCAUCCAAGGAAUGA